ACUCUCAGACAUUUCUGCAGCCUCAAUACUUUCUUCAUAGACUUGUAUGUCCUUAUCGAACUAACUCAAGUGGCUCAUUGAUCGAAUUUAUCGUUUCGAGGAUGCGUGUUUUCGAUGUGGCAGCUCGAAUGGCUGUAGCUGGACUGACAUCAGCACUAAGGGCGCACGAGGGCACUGGUAGAACAUUUCUCCCGUGUAUGCUCGCCGAUCUGACUAGCGUCGACCAUCUCUCAUAUUGCGGGCAAGCAACAGGAUCUCGAAUGCAUGGACGCUGUUUAUGUGUUUUGAGACCUCGCCCGCUCGAAGGGUUGGCGACCCAUAAAAACAUCUCAAACGUAGAGUUCGAUGCUUUCAUCGUGCAAGUAUCACGCUUUUGGAAGUCCAUGGCCGAUCGGGACUUUAGACCAAACCCUGGAGCUCUUGAACUCGUAAAGAGUAGAGGACAUCUUGGCAGUGUGCAUGGCAGGUUGUGAAUUGCAGACGUUUCAAGAGGUUCGGUUCUUUACUCCGGCUUGA